AUGGAGAAGUAUAUGUGUAAAUGGAACGAUAAUUCCAUUGUUAACAUUGCAAGUAACCAUGAGACACAUCUGCCCCUGCAUGAAGCUACUCGCCGUGUGAAAAAGUCAUCAAAGGUGAAGGUAAAACAGCCACAUCUUGUACGCAAAUAUAACGAGGGUAUGGGCGGGGUUGAUCUGAUGGAUCGUCUUUUGGCUACAUACCGACCAGGGAUCAGGGGCAAGAAAUGGUACUGGCCACUGUUUUUGAAUGUUCUUAACUUGUCAAUAGUUGCUGCCUGGCGCAUUCACUGCCACCUUGAGGAGGACCCUCUUUCUCACCUGGAGUUCAGGAGAGAGGUUACGCUGUGUUUGCUGAAAUCUACUGCCCCACGUACACAUGCUGGGCAAAGCAAAACAACCAAAGUACCGGUUGACAUUCGAUAUGAUGGUCUUGGACAUAACAAGCAAAGCUGCAAGCAAGGAAGAUGUGCUGUUUGCAAAAAAAAUGCAAGAUAUGAGUGUAGCAAAUGCCUUGUCAGACUGCAUUACGACAAAGGUACGGAGUGUGCCGUGAUUUAUCACACAAACUUCAGCAAGCCGAGAUCACAGUCUUCACACUGUGUCAUGGCAAGUGCAGG